CAAGUCUCCCCCGGUGCCUCUUUAUCUUUUAUACGCUAGAUUUAUAUGUUGAUGUCUUCGAAGACUUCUUCAUCUAGGUCGCCGAUUUAUUGCCUUUCUCGCAUCAGGGUUUGAAUUUUCGAAAGUUCGCUUUUGUUUUUAGAAAGAUUUUUUGUUUUUUUGAAUUUACGUACCACCCCUUCGCUUCACAUCCAACCGUUUGAUUUCUACUCAUUGUAUGUUGUAGUCUUUGUCUUGUUUCCCGACCCGCCUCCACGCAACCAGAAAUAUUUAGAAACCUGUCCCAUUGUCAAAAAAAAACAUGUUUCCCUUCAACAAUCAACAGCAACCCGGGAAGGGAAACAGCCCGAACUUCCCGCCGCCCACCAUGCCAAUGCCCCCGCAGCCUGUGAUUCUGGACCCGAGCAGACAGCCCACGCAGCAGGAGCUGUACGGUGCGUGGCUGCAGAUGCAGCAGCAGGUGAACAACACCAUUGCCAUGACGAAUCAGCUGCACCAACAAAUUGGGAUCCAACAGCACCAGCAGGUAAACAUGAACAAUCCUAAUACGACAGCGGGAGCAGGAGGAGGUUAUGAUCACCAAAUUCUGUACAGCCAGCGCCAGCUGCAACAAAACUACGAGAACAAUCAGCGCAACAACCCGAAUCUCACAAACAUCCCGACCCAGCGGAGUACAGAGCAAAAUCUCCGCAUGAACAUGACGCAAAUCCAGAAGAACCUCGGGUCACAACGAAACCUUCCCGCCGGGUUCCCGGUACCGCAGACCCCGGUCAGUGGGUUUGUGCCGACAGGAGCGAUGCAGGGGCAGCAGGGGGGCGAGCAGCAACAAGCCGCUUCCUCGUCAAGCAACUUAAGAAACGCUUUUCAAGCGAACUCGCAGCGAAACCGAGGGCGAGGCGCGGCCGCGGGAGCUGCAGCUGCGGGGACUACAGCAGGCAGUGGGGGUCGAGAUCUUAAUGCGCAAAAUGGAAAAUCAGCAAAGCAAGCGCAAAGCCAGAACCAGAAGAACAAGAGGCCGGCUGGAACUGCAGUUGGUUUUGCGGACCUGCAGGGGUUGCAGGAAGAAUAUCCUCCUCAUGGCGGUGGUAGUGCACCUCCCGGCGCGACUGCGGCUUCAAGUUCUUCCUUCCAGCCAUAUGAUCAUCAGAUGAAUCAAGCUGCAAAACGGAGGAAACAGGAACAGAACAAAAACAAAUCCAGCCUCGUCGAGGACGAAUUUGGCAUGCGCAUCGUCCGAGGCGACGGCCAUGCGGAAUUACAGCAGAAGGCAGAAGAGAAAACACGCAAGGACGAAGAGCAACGACGGCAACUGCAAGCAAGAGAGAAAGUUGUAAACGGCACUAUCCGGAACUCGCAGACCCUGCGCGCCGCUGCGCCAGAGUUGAUUGAUCUGAAAUUACAACAGCCAGGCUUGAGCAACAACGAGAGGAAAAAAUUGAAAAAUGCGAAAUUGGCGGCCGAGACGGUGAUAAAUCGCCAGAAGUACCUCGAUCAAGCACGCAGCGCCGCGGCGGCUUCGGGGUUGUUCUCGUCCUCUACUUCUUCGUCGAGUGCUGCAAAAAAUGCGGCGGCCAAGAAUCUUAACAUGAUGCCCCCUCCUCCGCCCAUCGGAGGACAAGGACAACCUACGAAAAAUACUAACCAAGGUAAAAUACUUGCACCUCCAGCUCCACAACCACACCGCACUCUUUACAACAGCGUGACAACGCCAGACGAGCAGUACAUCCGAGAGUUUUCGGGCAAAACCACCGCAAUCAAACAAACCGACAGACAAACGGGGAAAACGAAAUACGUCUCCCGCCACGGCACCUUUCCCGGCUGGGAGACCCUGGGCAAGCCCCUUGCCUGGGACGUGCUCGAGCAGCUCCCGGCCCCCAAGGGGCCGCGGUGCGACCCAAAGUUCGGGAUUUGGCACGAGGGCGCGGCGCGGGUACGGGCGCAAGUACUGGAAGACUUGCAGGAGUACAAGGCGAAGUACCCGAAUGAGCUGGAUUACGUGGGCAUGGGCAUUGGGCGGACGGAUGACCUAGACACGAUGAUGAUCCAGUGCAAACAGGGAAUCUCCACCAUGGAAGAGCAGACGUUGCUGCAGCUGAAAAGGGAAAGACGGGGGAAGCAGGAAAAAUCCGACUGGUUCCGGGAAAGAGAGCAGAUGAAAAACGAACUAUUGGAAGAAGAGAGAGCUCUCGGCUCCUCUUUCAAAGCGGGGCAGGGAUCGUUGUUCGAGGGAGAUAGUAUCAAGAAGAAGAGUGGUCGUGGUGCUGGUAGCAGUGCCGCUUUUAGGAAAGAGGGAGAGACACUAGCUGCAAUGGGGAAGAGUUGGACGGACGCGGCUGCGAUAAGGAGAGCUGCUGAUGGCGACGGGGAGCAAGAUGGUCAAGAUGAUGACAGCAAUAAUUCGAAUUCGUCGGAGGACGAAAUGGAUGCGAACCUAGGAAAGAACCAAUUCGAACUGGCCGACCAAGUUGCAUUGCUCGGGGACGAGGAUGAUAGUGACGACGACGCCGUUGCACACCUUGCUCGAGAUGGAAAUAAAAAACGCAUGAAUAAACGACCUGGUGCAACAUCAUCUACUACUGCUCGGGGGGGCGGGCAAGAACAAAACAAGCAGCAACAGCAAGUACAACGACCUCACGGCGCGGGUAUCUACAACGCGUUCGGGAGCGGAGCAUCUUCAGGUGAGGCAGCUGCACAAAGUACAACUAAUGGUGGGGGAACGAAGCAACAGCAAGUGGAUAAUCUUGCCGAAAUGAACGCAAGCCAGAUGAAGGGAAAGCGUCUUACAAAGGCGCAGAAGAGAGCAAGGCGAAGGGAGAUGCGUGCAGCUGCUCAAGAGGAACAUCAAGGGAAAAAUAACAGCAAAGACAGGGGAAAUCCAAAAAAUCCUAAUCAAGUACCAACCGGAACAGUAAGCCAUCAAAAUCAACAACAAGCGAGGAACCCGAAAAAUUCUACCGGCGCGAGCUCGUCCCCCGAGCAGCCAAAUCAAGACACGUUCUCCGAGAUCGUGCGAAAACAGCACGAGAAGAAAGAGCAGAGCGCCAUUGCCUCUCGGGAGGUGAAGGCCCAGGCGUUACCCCACCCGCACACAGCGCAUCUGCACGCGAUCAAGCCUUUGAAGCCCGACGGCGAGUUUAUGAAAUGGGUGGAUUGCCGGCAGGAUUUGAUUCCGGACGACGAAAUUUUGGAGAUUCUGAAAAACUACUACAAGCAGUGCGUGACGAGAGACAACCUGAAGGAGGAAUUCGCGAAGCCGGUGGAGAAGUUUCCCCACGGCGUGCGCGUAUCAAAUGUAAAGAUGUCUGGGUCUGGAAGAAUGCAGAUUUUUGUCAUGCUGUUUUUGCAUGACACAAAAUGUCUGUCAUGGAAGCCCUAGCAUCACAGAUUUCGAGAAGCUUCCGCAUUGCUUAAUCCGCAUGACAAAUCCCCCAUUUUGGGGACAACAUAUGGGCACCUUUUGCAAAGAUGCAUGAGAGAUUUGUCUGUGUUAUGAAAUGCGCAUCACAAGUUCACAUCCUUCCAGACCCAGACACUUUUACACUUGAUAGCGCGGCGCGAAGUGCCACGAGCUCCUCCGCACGCACCCAACCCUGCAGUGGUUCUUCGACCGGGCGUACGAGCUUUUCGAGCAAGAAGCUAUUUUCGGGGAAACAAGCACGGGGGAGACGCAGGCUUUGAUCUCCAGCUACCGGUCGGAAGAGUUCAAAACAAAGCACCAGAAGAGGCGGGAGCAAGAAACGGGACUGGUGUUGGUAAAUCCGCUGUGGGAGGCGUUGCAACUUACCAAGCCCGCGGAAGAGGAGAAAUACAUCGCCUUUUUGAAGGAAAAAAACAUGCACCGGAAGCAGGACCCGAAAGGCACAGAUCAAUCAAAACUGCAGGACAAAAUCAACCAGCGCAGACAUGAGGAAAAAGACCGGGAACAAAUAACGCAGAAGGGCAAGGGCCGCGGGGGGAAGCGCUCCGGCGCGAGCAGUGCGGCCUUCGCGAAGAAAAAGGACGACGAGUACGACAGCGACGAGUCCGAAAUGUCGAGGCUAUUGAAGCCGGUCGGUCUGCGGAUCCUGGAGUACAUGGGACGGAAGAACAUCGAACUUCCCGGGGCCUACGUGAAGACCUGGCUGCACAAAAACAUCGGGCAGGAGCACUACCACAAGAUGAAGGAAAAGUGGGACAAGGAAUUCAGGGCGUGCGAACACGACGCGUACGUGCAAAGGGCGAUUGCGAAGAAGCGGGAGGCAAAAAAGGCGAAGGAGGAGGAGGCACGGGAGAAGGAGCUGGAGAAGAGAAGGGAGGCGCACGAGGAACAAAACGCACGGCUGAACAGCGGACCCUUGUGGAACGCCAAUCCGGGUGCUGCGAGUUCUUUUGUCCCAACAGGAAGCGGAGGAGCAGCAGGCGGACAACCACAACAGCAACAGCAACAAUUUCAAUAUCAAGCUCCUGGCGGUGGUUCGUCGUCCUCGAGUGCAGGGCCGCCGGGGGUGGCCGGGGGGGCAAGUACGACGUCAAACAUGCUUUACAGCAACAGUGCGAGCAACACGAAUGUAAACCCCUUUCACGUCGGGCUGGGGCCUGCUGGGACAACAACGGCGCCGGCGCACAACAACGCGACCUUCAACCGCUUCGAUACCCCGGACUUUCAGACACAAACGACACCGCAAUACGCGAACCACGCGAAUCAUCCCCAGCACUAUCAGCAGGGGACGAACCUAGUAGUACACAGUGCGCCGCGGGCGGGGGCAAUAAAUCAGAAUGAGAAUCAACAAUACCAGCAGUACUCGUCAACAGGUGCGCCGUUGCCGUAUGGCUACAACAUGUUUCCCGGCGGAAGUGGGGGCCCGGCACCUCAUCCGCCACCUGGAUUCAUGCCUUAUUGAUCAGUCACGUGGCCCUGGCCCACAAGCAGAAAGAUCAAAGAUAUUGAAGAACAACUUGCUCGUAAUGUUUUAGUGCUCCGGGCCUCGAGUCGGAAUCCUCUUCGCCAUUGCAGUUAUUUCCAUGAUAAUAUCACGUUCAUGAUCCCUUUCGCAGGAUUGCAACGAGAACUUUUGUGCGACUAAAAUUUAAAUUAUUGAAUGUAGGGGGAGGUAGUUCCACACUCACUCCCACACCCACCUCCCAGUAGGUGUAGGUCUGGC